AUGGCAUCUUUGGAAACCAACCCUGAUGCCGCCAACGUUGAGUCUGACGUCGACUAUUGGUUUGAAUAUCAAUUUCUAGAUACAUCACAGCAGUCCAUUCGGCUCUUCAAAAUCUUGCCGGAUCUAUCGGAAGACGGAAGGAUACAGUGCUACAUGUGGCAUGCCACCACUGAUUCUCGGUAUCAGUGCGCUUCCUACCGAUGGAGACCGGCAGACCAGUCCCAGCAACGCAAGCUCAUCGAAGUCAAUGGCGGUCUCUUCGCGGUAUUGCCCAAUCUUUGGGCAUUCCUCAAUUCAUUUCGUCUCAAUCUAUCGGAUUCUCGACAAACUCAUCCCCUAUGGAUUGAUGCCAUUUCCAUCGAUCAGACAUGUACGAGAGAGAAAAAUCAUCAAGUCAACCAGAUGGGUGAAAUCUUCAAACAAGCCACCGAGGUCAUCAUCUGGCUGGGUGAGGGUACUGAAAGCCAGAGAACCGCUCUCCAAAUGCUGGAAAGCAUUUGCCUGAGUCGAUCAACUUACCCUGUUCUCAAUGGCACUAGGCGACAGGAUGCAGUUUGGAAGCCAUCCAUCGUAGAGGCAUUGGUCGCUCUAUUUGACAAUGAGUAUUGGGAACGGAUAUGGAUCGUUCAGGAGAUUGCGCUUGCGCAGGAAAGGUCUGUCAUGGUCGGCACAGUGAGAAUGGAGUGGUCGACGUGGUACGACUUUUACAGUCUCGCCGCCCGAUCCGCAGUGGCAGAAGAGAUAUUUCAUUUUGAUCGACUUCUACAAGAACGCUUCGAGCAGAGCUGUGCAAAAGCUGUCCUUGACGACUACGCCUUACUCCUGGGUUCCCGUUUCCCUCUGGCAGACCUGCUGAGCAAGUUCGGGAUGUUUAAUUGCUCAGAUCUUCGCGAUCGCGUUUUUGCACUCCGCAACAUUUGCUCGGAAGGUGAGUUUCUCAAAGUCAAUUAUGAUAUGGAGAUUGAGGCUCUAUUCUGCGAAGUUGUAACUUUAUCCCUUGAACAAUCGAUCUUAGGUGGUAGGAUACUCGCCAACGCCCUUGAGAUCUCAUAUUCUCGACUUCGCAGUGGCUCUAUUACGCUCCGUCUGCCAGAAUUCACCAUAAAGCCGGUUGUGAUCGAAGGCCAGCUAACGCGUCACUACGUCACUACGAUUAUGUGUCAGACUUGCAAGAAGAGAUUGCGAGUUCCAGAGAUCAAUGCCAUUAACGUCAUACAGACAGGCACAUGGUGGAACGGAAGAGGUCAUCAUAAACGUCUUCUCUAUCUUGUGUGCUUAGACAGGCUCGAAAUGCCUGACCACAUCGUGUUUCGUGCAGACGAAGUUUCCAACGAACAUAAUCUCAACAGGAAAAAGGCCAAGACGGAAUUCUACGACCGUGCAAGCGGCCCAAUGGUCUUCUCACCUGAGAAAUUCCAGGGUAAUCCACUCGCGAUCGUCUCCGUGCGAGGCAAUGCACUGAGCCAGAGUCGUAAAUCCCUCAUUGCCAAAGAGUUCAAGUACUCGGAGACAGUCUUCCUCCAUGAUGCGCCUGGUCCGGGCCUGCCGCGACUUUGUGAGAUUUUCACCGAGACGGGCGAGGAGAUACCAUUCGCUGGGCAUCCGAUUAUUGGUGUUGCACAUUAUAUCUUCAGCUUCCUGGAGAGGAUGAGCUAUGGAGGGCCGGAAGACCGGGACACACAGCGUCAAACGGCGGUCCUUCAAACCAAAGCCGGGAAGAUUCCAAUAUUCUAUAACCCUUAUCGCCAAGUCGCGGCUUGCGCAGUGCCUUUCAACGUUCAUGAACACUCUCGUCAGGUGUCCAUGAACACUAUCAUCGCGACGCAACCUCAGAUUCAGAUCGUCCCCACGAUCGACAAGGUCAAGAACAAAUCUUUUCCCGUGGUCUCAAUAGUCAAGGGUAUGACUUUUGCCCUAGUUGACUUGACUGAUUGUCCUGAGGUAUUCACGGCUCUCGCACCUGCAAAGUCCCCAGACGUCGAGCUGGACUCGGAGUGGUCUCCAAGCUUAGUGGGCUGCUUCUACUACAAAGUCCUGGCCAAGUCAGAAAAGGAGGGAGAGCCGACCAUCCACAAUAUUCAGGCUCGCAUGAUGUCGCAUGGGAUUGAAGACCCUGGCACUGGUAGUGCUUGUUGUGCUUUGGGCUGCUACUUGGCAUUGCACUCUUCAGACGGAGCUGUCAAAGCAGAUGCGUCAGAGCCGGAGACUGAACUCUCGAAAAAGACAGAGGACCUCAAGUUGGCAGCAAAGACGGAGAGGAAGGUGUUUGGAAUCCAGCAAGGUGUCGAAAUGGGCCGAGUCUGCACCAUCGCUGUAGAGGUGGACGUCAAGACAGACGAGCAAGGCAAGUCGAGCAUCGCAAACGUGAUCCUAAGUGGAAGGGGCAAUAUCCACCUCAAAGGCGAGAUCCUUGGUACAUAG